UAUGAUAGGGCUGCACGGCUGCAAUUUCUUCAGACCGGAGCGCGCGCGCGUCACGCGUGGAGCGCAUAGUGUGGAUCAGAUCAACGACAGACUUUCACCGUCCGCGAGACAAGUCACUUUGAGCUCGAGCCAGAGACUGCACUGAAGGUUAAAAUGGCUGAGGACAUUCAAACCAAACUUGAACAUUAUCGCACUGCGCCCUUCGACGCCAGAUUCCCGAACCAGAACCAGACCAGGAACUGCUGGUCCAACUAUCUGGACUUCCACCGCUGUCAGAAAGCUCUGGAGGCUAAAGGCGUCGACACUGCUCCUUGCGACUGGUAUCAAAGGGUCUAUAAAUCCAUCUGCCCUCUCUCCUGGGUCCAGAAAUGGGAUGACCAGCGAGGAGAAGGGACCUUUCCGGGAAAAGUCUAAAAAGAGUGGCCUCUUCUCAUUCGCAGCUGCAAAGAUUGAACCUUGACAGCAAACUGUUUGUAGAAGUAGUUGAAGAGGGAGUGGCUCUGAAACCACUGUUCCUUUACUGAUGCUCUGAUGUAUGGAGCACACUGUAUCUAAAUAUUCAUUCCUUACAAAUACUGAUAAAUGUACAGCAGAGUCUGUAUUAAAAUAUCUCAGGAUAUAUUUAUGGA